UUUGGUAUAAAGAUCGAACUUGCAAGCAAGGGAAAUACCUCAUGAGACAUUCCUAUCUCCUUACAGAGUCCAUUUCCAUUUCUAAGGGAACAGGAAGGCUGACAGCCUCUACAAUUAACCCACAGAUGCCAAGAGAUGAUUCUGCUUCCUGCUCUUUGUGCUGCUUCCCAGUAAAAAGAAACAGGGAAUGACCAUUUCUUUCCUGCUCUGUGGGUGCUGUUAACGCUCAGUCUGGAGCUCCUCCUCUGGUCUGUCAGCACACAGGGGCUGGACAAGCACAGUGACAGAGGCUCGUCCAUGUGGGGAUAAAUGUCAGGAGAGAAGGGACAGCAAGGAGCCAGCAAGCAGCAGGCAGGAAAUGCUGCAUGCAAUCACGUCCCCAGGAAUCUCCACGAGGUGAAAUCAGAGCCUGUUAUUAAUCUAUCCAGACACCGAGACCCAGGAGCUGGAGUAAAUCCGAUUAAAUUCCCACUGUACCAGUGGCUAGAAGCCAAGCAGGUCUUUCUUUUCUGUUGAAUGGUGACCCAAAGGAUAUUUCUGUCUGCUUCACUACAUAAACAGACUGCUUUAAAACAAAACAAAGACAACAAAAAAUAAACAAGCAAAAAACCCAAAACAAUAAAAAAAAUGAAUGCAGAAGAUCAAAAACAUCAGGUGAAUUUUAGUAUGGCAGUAAGGUCCUGUGAGAUGCAACCCAAAAGGAGAAGACAAACUUAGUUAUUUCCUAGCCUGAAGUGGCUACAAUAGUGGUGGAGAAAGCAGUCCUCCACCUUUCAGUGUGGGAUAGGAAGAGUCCUUGAAUAGAUUAAAGACAGCUAAACAGGGGUUAAAAGCGAAUCUUUGCCGUGGGAGGCUCCGCAAAGCACAAGACAAGUAAACAAAACAGAACUUAAAGAAGAAUAAUCCCAUUACAGAGGGACAAUAGAGGGAAAAAAGUAAUCCUGGAUUUUUUAGGAGAGAUAAUUUUUUCCGUUCUCAGAAGUUGAUGAGAAGCCGAGCUGAGUGACACUCUGACAAAGUGACCAAGGAGCCCAAUCCUCCCCAUCCCAACCAUCAGCUCAGCACCCUGCGAGCACAGCUGGAGCUGUGAUAAGAAACUGCUGAAUGCUCCUUACCUGCCCUGGCCUUGAUGGCUCUGGUGUUUGCCAAAGCUCUUUGAAAAACCAAAUGCAAAAGACCAAAAAAAAAAAAAAAUUAAAAAAUAAAAAAAUCAAACAAAACAAAGAGAAAAGAGGGGGGAAAAUCAAAACUAAACAACAAAAGAAACACAACGCAGAGAUAUUCCUUAAAAGCCAACAGCAACACAUAUCAGCUGCCAGCCAAGCAGAUCUUCCACGAGAUGGAGAUUUAAGGCACGUUUCGCUUUUCCUGUCAAGGGAGACGAUUUCAGAGACUUCUUAAAAAGACAGCAAUUCAGGUUAAAAAAAUUGAAAUAAACCAAAAUGUAUCAGCGCUUUAAAGGUUAACGGCCUCUGCUGAACAACAUGCGUUUAUCCAACCACAUCCUAGAGUAGUUUUUUCAGCCCCGAGACCAAUGAGCACAGCUAAGAGGAGGGCCUUGGGAUGGUGGAGAGGCUGAGUUACCCCCUCCCCUCUGCCUUCCCUCUCUCCACCUCCCCCUCAUUUUUUUUCCCCUUCUUUUCUUUUUUUUUUUUUUUUUUUUUUCCUUAGUUUAGUAAAUUAAUGCAGCAAGAAAGUCCCAAGAUCUGGCGAGUCCUAGCAGGGGAGAGAGGGCAGAGGGGAGAUGAGAUGCAUUAGGAGGACACUGAGCCACUUUCUUUCCCAGCACAAUGGAAGUGCUUCCCAAGAAACUUCCCCUUUGCUCCCCUCCACUCUAGCCCUGAGCAAUGGGACACCUUCCCUACAGCAGCAAUAACUUAUUCGGGAGGAAAAAAGCCCAGGAAGGAGGAAUCAACAGCAGCCAAACGGCGGGCAGGAAAGCGACACAACCGGGACUGCAGCACGGCUCCACACCGACAAAUUCCUGUGGAUGUAAUUAGGAAGACACGCCGGCCAGCAGCGGAGAUUAACCCCUGGGUUGUUGAGGGUCUUCGUUCCCCCGCUCCCACCUCACCUCCAGCACCCUGAUGGCAAACCUACACCCGCUGCGUCCGCCCCUGUCGCCAGCCUGAUGUCCGGAGCGACAUCCCGCUGAAGGGAGGGUUCCGUGCGGGCAGCCCGGAGCCCCGGCCCCGAGCAGCACUGCAGUGGCGGCGCGGGGGCCCCGGCGGAGGAGGGACGAGCGGAGGCAGCGGCGGAGCGGAGCGGAGCUGUCCGCGGUGCCGAGCGGAGCUGUCCGCGGUGCCGAGCGGAGCUGUCCGCGGUGCCGAGCGGGGCUCGCCGGGCGCUGUCCGGGUGCUGAGCUCGGCCCCCGCCCGCCGCUGGCCGCGGUGCUGAGCGGAGCCGCCCGCCCGUGCCCCGGCCGCGCUGGGGCUGUUUCGCUCUCCCCACCGCUUCUCCCCAAGUGCCCGGGUACUUUAUUGGCCAACCCCACCGGCCCACCCCUCACGGAGUACAAAAAAAAAAAAAAACCACAACAGCGAGAGCUGGAAAAAUGUGCAACGUCAACGCGCUCGGAGUCUACGUGUGGGAGACGAUCGUUUUCUUCAGCCUGGCAGCCUCCAAGGAAGCUGAAGCAGCAGCUAGAUCUGCCCCCAAACCCAUGUCUCCUUCCGAUUUCUUGGAUAAGUUGAUGGGGAGAACUUCGGGAUACGAUGCCAGGAUCAGACCAAAUUUUAAAGGCCCACCAGUGAACGUCAGCUGCAACAUUUUCAUCAACAGCUUUGGUUCGAUUGCAGAAACAACCAUGGACUACAGGGUGAACAUCUUCCUGCGGCAGCAGUGGAACGACCCCCGGCUGGCCUACAACGAGUACCCCGACGACUCCCUGGACCUGGACCCCUCCAUGCUGGACUCCAUCUGGAAGCCUGACUUGUUCUUUGCUAACGAGAAGGGGGCUCACUUCCACGAGAUCACCACGGACAACAAGCUGCUGAGGAUCUCCCGGAACGGCAACGUCCUCUACAGCAUCAGGAUCACGCUGACUCUGGCCUGCCCCAUGGACCUGAAGAACUUCCCCAUGGACGUCCAGACGUGCAUCAUGCAGUUAGAAAGCUUUGGCUACACAAUGAAUGAUCUCAUAUUUGAGUGGCAAGAAAAAGGAGCAGUGCAAGUUGCUGACGGGCUGACAUUGCCUCAGUUUAUCCUCAAAGAAGAAAAAGACUUGAGAUACUGCACGAAGCACUACAACACAGGCAAGUUCACCUGUAUAGAAGCUCGUUUCCACCUGGAGAGGCAGAUGGGCUAUUACUUGAUCCAGAUGUACAUUCCCAGCCUCCUCAUUGUCAUUCUCUCCUGGAUCUCCUUCUGGAUCAACAUGGAUGCUGCACCUGCCCGUGUGGGCCUGGGGAUCACCACCGUGCUCACCAUGACCACGCAGAGCUCUGGCUCCCGAGCAUCACUGCCCAAGGUGUCCUACGUGAAGGCCAUAGACAUCUGGAUGGCCGUGUGCCUGCUGUUUGUGUUCUCUGCACUCCUGGAGUACGCUGCCGUCAACUUCGUGUCUCGGCAGCACAAAGAGCUGCUCAGGUUCAGGAGGAAGAGGAGGCAUCAUAAGAGUCCCAUGCUCAAUCUGUUCCAGGAGGACGAAGCCGGCGAAGGCAGGUUCAACUUCACGGCCUACGGGAUGGGGCCAGCUUGCCUACAGGCCAAGGAUGGCAUCUCUGUCAAGGGAGCCAACAACAACAACACGGCCAACCCGGUGCCGCCGCCGUCGCGCUCCCCCGAGGAGAUGAGGAAGCUUUUCAUCCAGAGGGCCAAGAAGAUCGACAAGAUCUCCCGCAUCGGCUUCCCCAUGGCCUUCCUCAUCUUCAACAUCUUCUACUGGAUCAUCUACAAGAUCGUCCGCAGAGAGGACGUGCACAACCAGUGAGGGGAGAGCAGCAGCCGGGAGGGAGCGAGCGAUCCUUUAUAUAUGUGCAAUAGCAAUGCAGCAAUGCAUGAAUUUAAGAAUGCGGCAAUAUCUACUAAAAAAAAAAAAAAAAAAAGAGUGGGGAGGGGGGCUGGGAGGGACUUUUAAUCAUGUGAACUGAGGGCAACUGGCACAGGGAGGAGAAAAGAAGCUCUUGAUCUGGGGAGCGCAGGGUGGGAGUUAGUUUUACAGCAUAGGAAGGUGUGGAUUGCUCCAGCAAUCCAAGCAGUGUAAUAUAGUAAUAUAUAUUCAUGCUUAAUUAUAAUGCAAAAAGAAAACAAAAGAAAAAAAAUACCAACAAAAAAAAUCCUUUUUUUAGCCUAUUAACAGCUUAGAUUCUCAAGUCACUGGAAUGAUUCAUGAUUCCAUGUGCAGAAACUACUGCAAUUACGCUUUAUCUGACUUUUGCUAUAGAAAGGCCAUUCCAGUCAAGCACUUGGGGGGAAAAAGCCCUAACAAAAGGGGAAAAGCACCUCAAGAAAAUAAUUCUGUGCUUCUCUAGGUUUUGCACUUUGAAAACUGGAUAGAUGGGGAAACUUAAGAAAGAGGCUGUGGAUUGCUGUUUAUUUUAUAUAUUUACUUUUUUUAGUCACGAGUUUGCCGAUCAAACACUUUGUGACUUUUGCAUAGAGGAAAGCAAAUACAUUAUCUCUCUCAUCCCCACCAGAGAGCAUCCAAAGGAAACCCGAGAAGGACAUCAGGGCCUUCAUCAGAAAUCACAGGUACCUUCUGUCCUUUUAAACAACCUGGCAGAACUCCAGUCCCAGGAGGCAGAAAUCUUAUUCAGAACACUAGAAACGAUGAAGGAUUUUUAAAAUAGUUUUUUGUUUGAUUGUUUGUUCUUCUUUUUUUUUUUUUUUUCCAAACCCCUUUCUGCCAUGUUUGUUUACAAUGGGGGGAUGGAAGAAAUUGUAUUUAAAAUAUAGAGAAAACAGGCAUCUUGAUGCCCUGUUUUGACAGGACCGGGCGUGUGGCAAUACUGUCAGUAUAGGGGGUGGGGGGCAGGUGUGUAUAGAGAGAGUAGCUUUUAUUUUCUGACAUUUCAUAGCAGUUAUAUUAAUAGUGAA